AUGUUGGAUAAAGGAUCAGAAUCUGAAGACAUGAAUAGCCAAACUCCAACUCCUGACAGAUCCUCCUCUUCUGACGGAAAACUGGUCAAAACUUGUGUUGAUUGUGGCACCUCAAAAACCCCCCUUUGGAGAGGUGGCCCUGCUGGCCCCAAGUCACUGUGCAAUGCAUGUGGGAUUAGGAGCAGGAAAAAGAGGAGAGCGUUAAUGGGCGUGAAUAAAGAGGAUAAGAAAUCCAAGAAAUCAUCAAGUAGAAAGAACAUCUCUAGCAAUGAGAGUAGUACAAGCAUGAGUGGAGAUAGUACCAGCAGCAGCAGCAACAAAGGGGUUGGUGAUUCUUUGUGGGUAUUUGGUAGAGAUGUGGGAUUGCAGAGACCAAGAUCAAAUACUGCUCAAAAGAGAAAGUUGGGAGAGGAAGAACAAGCGGCUUUUCUUUUAAUGGCAUUAUCAUGUGGAUCUGUUUAUGCUUAG